CUCCUCCCGAGGUUGUCCUUCUCAUCACGAUCCUAGAAAAUGGUUACUGCACCUCCCAUUAUCGACUUUGAGCCAUUCUACACUGGUGAUGCUGAGAAAAAGGCAGAGCUAGUGCGGCAAGUCCGUCAUGCAUGUGAGAGACAUGGAUUCUUUCAGCUCAUCAACCACCGGGUUCCGCUUGAUAUCCAAGAAGCUAUGCUGCAGCAGGCCCGGGACUUAUUUAGCUUACCAAUUGAAGUGAAGGAGAAGUACAGUCGAGAGCUCGAGCCUGUUAAUCUGGGAUACGAAAGCCUUCGUUCGCAGAGAUUCGAAAAAGAAGGGCCUGGUGAUCUCAAGGAGAGUUAUUACCUGUCCCAGGAUCUGCCUCCAGGACAUCCCUUCAUCGGAAGAUUCUCUCAAGGGUCGAAUAAAUACCCCGACGAGAUCCGAGAUCCUGGUUUGUUCCGGAACACGGUGAAAGACUACCACGUGGUGAUGAGUGAUCUGGGGCUCAAGAUCUUCCAGGUAUUGGCUCAAACGCUGGACUUGGAAGAGAACUGGUUCAAUGGGUUUUGUCACGACUCGGCCAAUAUUAUACGAUUGGUGCGGUAUCCGCCGCAGGAAACAGAUGGUCAGGAACGAGGGAUCGGGGCUCAUACCGAUUUUGGCGGCCUUACCAUCCUCCUGCAAGAUGACAAAGGGGGUCUACAAGUGUGGGACCGCGAGGCAUCCGAAUGGGCGGAUGCCGAGCCCGUUCCAGGGGCAUUUGUGGUGAACCUAGGCAACAUGCUGAUGCGCUGGACCAACGAUCGCUAUAUAUCAAACUUGCAUCGAGUCAUCAACAGAAGCGGACAAGAGCGAUACAGCGUGCCAUACUUUAUCUCCGGGAAUCUGGACUACGUGGUGGAGUGCAUUCCUAGCUGCAAGGCGGAGACGGAGAAAGCGAAAUACCCGCCGAUAACGGUGGAGGAGUGGAUGUUGGCGCGAUAUGCGGACACAUACGGAGGCGGGCAAAAGGGAGCAGGUGAACUGUCCCAGGAUGCAGUCCGCGCAACCAGCUGA